AUGGUCAAGGCGGCUGUUCUCGGAGCCUCUGGUGGCAUUGGUCAGCCUCUAUCUCUUCUGUUGAAGGCAUGCCCUCUGGUUGAUGAGCUUGCUCUCUACGAUGUCGUCAACACCCCCGGCGUCGCUGCGGAUCUGUCUCACAUCUCUUCUGUCGCUAAAGUCUCCGGCUAUCUUCCCAAAGACGAUGGUCUGAAGAAUGCAUUGACUGGCACUGAUGUUGUCGUCAUUCCUGCUGGAAUCCCUCGUUAG